AUGACUGUGGGCAAUAAGCCUGAUGCCCGCAUGUCCGUGGCCCGGCUGUUGCUCUGCUGCUGGGGCAUGGCUCGAGGAGAGUGGAGUCGUGUGACGGACUUGACGGACGCCGGCCUUGUCCGCCCCGCAGCACGGUCCGAGCACAUUGGAGCCUGGGAUGAAGCGAGGCAGGUGCUGUUGAUCCACGGAGGAAGCAACCUCGAAGGCGACUUGUGGGCUUUCGACGCCACAUCCGAAGCAUGGACCCGCACGGUGACGGCCGUGGCGCCGGCAGCUCGCGCUGCACAUGCGGCGGGCUGGGAUCCGGCCAGUCAAGCACUUUGGGUGCAUGGUGGGUACAACAGCCAAACUUUAGCUUGGUUUCGAGAUGGAUGGAGACUCCAAUCCGGUGCGUGGACACUCGAGUUUGAUGAUGCUGGGCCUUCCGGAAGGGAGGCACACGUUGCUGUCUGGGAUGAAAGCACCGCUGCACUUUGGGUACACGGUGGUUGGACCGGUACGCGCCACCUGUCGGACUUGUGGAGGUACAACUCCAAUGCCCACGGAUGGCAGGAGUUGGUACCAGCACCCGGCGGCACACCGUCAGGGCGCUCAUCUCAUGUGGCAGUCUGGGAUAGCACAGCACAUGCGAUGUGGCUGCAUGGUGGCUACGGUGAUGCUCUGCUGGCAGAUCUCUGGACCCUACGUGCAGCCACGCUCACUUGGACAGAAGUGUCUUUCUCUGGAGGGCCUUCGCCGAGGUCGGGCCAUACGGCAGUAUGGGAUGCCAGCAGCCGUUUGCUUUGGCUGCACGGUGGGAAUGAUGGCUUCCUCAGACGUGACCUCUGGCGAUACGAUUCCAUGGAAAACGUGUGGAGCCUCGGCCAUCAGUGCUCUGUGACAGAAAGGGAAGAUGCCGGAGAAGUCUCCAAGCUCCCGUAUUUGCCCGGCUGGGGCUGGGCCCAUGCAGAUCACCAUGUGCUCCGCUGGUGCUCCACGGGUCAGUCCGAGGGUGUGGUUGCUGCCACGGUCGCCUUUGCCGCAAUCU